UAAGCCUGGAUGAAAUUCCGUUUCCGCUUUAGGGAGUGAAAAUUGAUUUGAGCAGAACUUGACUUGAAAAUCUAUUUAUUUCAGAGACCCACUCAACUUUUACAAUAUUGAUUGUACUUUUGGAUAAAUUGUAUCAUGGCUACUUCGCCGCAAAAGUCGCCAUCCUCUCCGUCGCCGACGACUCCGAAAUCACCCUCUUCCAGAAAGAAAGAUGACUCGUUCCUGGGAAAACUUGGAGGAACUUUGGUAAGAAGAAAGAAGGCAAAAGAAGUGUCUGAGCUCCAGGAAGAGGGGAUGAACGCCAUCAACCUGCCCUUGAGCCCCACCCAAUACGAACUGGACCCAGAAGACACCAUGCUAGAGGAGAAUGAGGUCCGCACCAUGGUCGACCCCAACUCCAAGAACGACCAGAAACUCCAGGAACUCCAGAAGGUGUUGAUCGACUGGAUCAAUGAUGUGUUGGUGGGGGAGAGGAUCAUCGUGAAGGACCUGGCUGAGGAUCUAUACGACGGGCAGGUUCUGCAGAAACUCUUUGAGAAGCUGGAGGGGGAGAAGCUAAACGUAGCUGAGGUGACCCAGUCGGAGAUCGCCCAGAAACAGAAACUACAGACGGUGCUGGAGAGGAUCAACGACUCCAUCAAGGUCUCUGCCAGGAGCAUCAAAUGGAACGUGGACUCGGUCCAUGCUAAGAGUAUAGUGGCCAUUCUUCACCUGCUGGUGGCGCUAUCUCAGCACUUCAGAGCACCAAUCAGACUUCCUGAUCACGUGUCCAUCCAAGUAGUGGUGGUUCAGAAAAGGGAGGGGAUUCUGCAAUCUCGCCAGAUCCAGGAGGAGAUCACGGGCAAUACAGAGGCUUUAUCUGGCAGACAUGAGCGAGAUGCUUUCGACACCCUGUUUGAUCACGCUCCAGACAAGCUCAAUGUGGUAAAAAAGACUCUCAUCACCUUUGUGAACAAACACUUGAACAAGCUCAAUCUGGAGGUGGCUGAACUGGACACACAGUUUGCUGACGGUGUGUACCUUGUUCUGCUGAUGGGAUUGCUGGAGGGCUACUUUGUUCCACUCUAUAAUUUCUUCCUGACUCCUGAGAACUUUGAACAACAGGUACACAACGUGUCCUUCUCUUUUGAGCUGAUGCAAGACGGAGGUUUGGAGAGACCCAAACCUAGACCUGAAGAUAUCGUGAACUGUGACCUCAAGUCAACCCUGAGGGUGCUGUACAACCUCUUCACCAGGUACAGAAACGUGGAGUGAAUAUGCUGUGUUGGGGGUGACUCAUUUUAUGGGGUAUCACAUUCAAGUUUCAAGCGUUUUUCCCCCGUUACAUGCUUCAAGGGAAGUUGUCCCUUGCAAAGAACACUACGAACCAAUUCAGGACAUUCAGCAUUGGUAUUAUCAAUAUUUUUUUUUAUAGAUUCCAUUAUUCCAUUAUAUGUGCUAUAAUAAUAACUUCUACUAUUGAAUGUGCUGUUAGCCAUUUUAAAAUACACUACAUACUAUAUGUAUUUUUGUUAAAUUAAUGCAUAUUAGUCUAAGUAAAAACAGUCAUUGGUUUUUUAAUUAUAAUUGUAAUAGAUGAAAAUUCCAUUUUUUUUUCUUAAUGUCAUAUUUCAAAAGGUUGAUAUUGUGAUGACAUUUCUUCAUGUUUCCAUCGCUAAAGCUUGUUUCAUUUAUUUACUAAACAAAUGUUUGUUAACCUACAUUUAUUGUGCUUUUGUGUGCACCUGACCUUCUCAUUCACUUAGCUGUUUUCUACUUUCACUAGUGGAUAAGUGCCUUUUUAAAAUAAAGACUGUACUGCAUGCCAUUUAUUAGGAAGACACCACUUAAAGUGCUGACUGUGAUUGAAUAUGCUCUUUUACUUUAUUCUCAAAACUGCUUUGCAUGUCUCAUAAUGUUUUAAUAACCCCAAACUGAAAUUCCUAAAAUGUUGUAAUGUUAAAACAACCUUGUAAAGAAACAGAAGGUCUCCCUCACGGUAACACUUUGUUUGGAUAGUCCAUCUGUAGAUGUUCUACAGCAGUGGUCACCAACCCUUUUGGAGUCCAUUACUUUCUGAGUCAAAAUGCAAGCCGAGCUCUACUGUGGAACAUGUGUACAAAAAAAUAAUAAUAACUUGAACGUAAACCUAUGCAACAUCACCCUAUUAAAAACAGCACUGUAUUAAUGAGUUUUGUACAGAACAUUAUCACUGCCAAUGCAUUAUUCUUCAGACCAUUAAAAAAGUAUAUAUAUAUUUGAUGUAGGCUAUAGGAUCACACCAAUAAUAGAUCAGUUGUUGUAUUACUUGUGUAGCACGGCUGAGUGAGCGUACAUUUUAAAUAAUUCACUUGUUUUCUGUUUACUGGUCUCACGGUGCCUGCAUCUGAUGGUCAGUCUCAGCUGAGGGAGAGCGCAUCAGACUGAGGGUUCGUCUCAACAGCCCUCUGCUCUCUCUUUCCUCCGCUGACACUGACCAAGAAGGGCCACCGUCUUCCAGCUGAUGGCGAAACUCGAGUCGCACCGCAUUAUUUCUGUCAUGCACAAAUUCAUGUUGUUACUCCUAUGAAAAGAGAAAGUGAGGUAUUCCUCGAUAUUAAAUAAGACCGAAGCCGCUAAUAAUAACGCAAGCCAAUCGAUACACUUUCCUACUCAUUCUUUGCUGUAUUUGUUGAGUCUCUCUCUGGUCAUGUACCACUGACAGCGCAAGAUUAAUUAAUAAAAUAAGAACGCAAGGCUUACCGCUGUUUUUUUGUUUACAGAAACGUUUGGCGAUUAGACUAGGAAUGCCUUGGAGAUCACUGCUCUAUAGACUUACAGCCUUAUUCUAAAAUGGAUUAAAUAGUCCCCCCCUCAUCAUUCUAUACACAACAUCCUAUAAUGACAAAGCGAAAACAGGUUAUUCAGAACCGCUUUGUCAUUAUGGAGUAUUGUGUGUAGAUUGAGGGAACAAAUGAUCUAUUUUAGAAAGGGGCUAACGUAACAAAACGCAAAAAGGGGAAGGGGUCUGAAUCCUUCCUGAAUGCACUCUACCUACUAAUCAUAUCCUUAACCCUGACCCUUAUUCUUUACCCUCGCCGUAACCUUAUCAACAUAUAGUCAUACUAUCUGUAGAGCAUCUACAGAUGGAUAAAAUCCGGACUAUCCAAAUCAAGUGUGACCUCGCUCACUAAUGCAGAGGUCUUUAAAGAUUUGUCAAAUGUGUGAGAAUUGGGGGUUUUGCAAACACUUUUUCAAAUGAUAUACACUACAAGCUUUUGUAUUUUGAGUUAAGUCAUCCGUAGUUUCUAUUGCUCAUCUGUUAAUUCUGAAAUAAAACAUUGUCUGUGGA